AUGGAAGACUUCAAGCUUGUGAAAUCAGCAAGAAGCCGUGCGAAGGCAAGCAUCACGCGUUUGCUAACGGCGUCACAAGAUCCACGUGCGGGAUCAAACUUGGAAUUGGAGCAAAUAACCGUGUUAUUGGAGAGGCUCAAUACCGUUUGGAAGGAGUUUGAGACUCUUAGCGACAAAAUGGCCCUUUACGAUGAGGAGGAGGGGUAUGUUGAUCCAGCCAUCGACAACGAGACCUACGAAGACAAGUACUUGCGUGCAAACACAUUACUACACUCGCUUAAACGCGCUUGUAUGCUAAGGGAAAACGAGGGAGGAAACAUCGCCAGCGGCAACCAUAACGACAGUGAGAGCCCAUGGGGAUCACAAGCAUCGGGAUCAGGAAACGAAAACUUUGUUCGUUUUUUACAACAACAACAAGAGCUGAACGAGCGAUUGGCGCAACAACAAACCACGUUUUUGAGCGCAAAUUCGACAGCAAAUAGGGUGCAAAGCGAAUUGCCAAAAAUACACAUCAAGCAGUUCAAUGGUGACUACAAGGAAUGGCCUGCUUUCAUGAACCUCUUCGAAAGUACGAUUCACAGCAAUCAGCAUUUGACAGCCAUUCAAAAAUUGCACUACUUGAAAACAUAUGUUAUUGGAGAAGCAGCUGAUUUGAUACGACAUAUGCCAAUAACAGAAGCAGCUUAUACUGCUGCUUGGACUUGCCUAACGGAGCGUUACAACCGACCACGUCACAUUGUAAAUACUUUGCUGGACACAUUUGUGAAUUUACCUUCGACAUCCAGAGCAGACGUUUCAAUUCUACGUAAGGUGACAGAUGGAGCAACGGAGAUUGUACGCGGCUUGGAUGCAGCAGGGCAAACUAAUAGGGACUGCUGGAUUAUACAUUUCAUUCUGGCCAAAAUUGACGCUGAAACCCGACGCAAAUGGAUUGAAGGAAGUCGCGAGCUGGAAUCGCCAACUGUAAACGACUUACUCAAGUUCUUAGACCGGCGCUGCGAGGAAUUUGAGCUAAGCAAAAGUGAGACUGACACAGACUUCAAGGCUGCUGCAACCAGGGCACAGCCAAGAAGUGACGAGCAGCGCAUCCUCAGCACUCCCGAAGAGGCAACAGUGGCCAUCAGCCACAUCGCACGUGCGCAAGUUACUCCAAGAGCUGAACCCUCAUACAACGGAUCAGCAACUGCUACAAAGCCACACGUGCUUCGGGAAAGCGCAUUGCCAACAGCUCUAGUGUUCGUUCGAAGCGCAAAGGGAUCGCACACUAUCUGUCGGGUGCUUUUGGACAGUGGCUCGGAACUGUCAUACAUCUCGGAACGGUGCAUACAGGCACUUGGCCUGUCACGUUUUCCGUCACGUAUUCUGGUCUCGGGAAUUUCAUCUAUAAAGGCUGAGACAACUAGAGGCUGCAGCACACUGGACAUGCAGUCAAGGAUCUCAGAGCACACCAUGAAGGUACGCGCUCACGUACUCAGCAAAAUCACUUCUACAUUGGCAAGACACGAUAUUGACGCUGCAGCACUAAGGGCUUUCGAUGGCUUCGAUCUCGCAGAUUCUGAAUAUCAAUCGUUAGCGCCAGUGGAUAUUCUUUUGGGCAGCGAUUAUGUGUGGACCGUGUUCACCGGCCAAAAGAUGUUCGACAACCACGGGAACGUCAUUGCCAUUUCGACAAUUUUUGGAUGGGUCAUAACUUCUAUUACGACCAGCAACUCAUCAUCUACAACGACAAUGCACACGGCUAUUGACAUUGACGCAUCGCUUCGACGCUUUUGGGAGCUGGAGGAUGUCAACCAGGAAUUUCAGCGGGAACCAGAGGACGAUGAAGUUGAGCAACACUUUAUGAAGACACACACUCGGGACUCCAAGGGGCGUUACAUCGUCGAGCUUCCGUUCAAAGAUCCUAAUCAACAGUUUUCGGAUACACUACACGGAGCACUCGCAAGAUUCAGGGGUGUUGAACGUCGCUUGGAGCGAGAUCCCGAUCUGCACGCACAGUAUGUACAGUUUAUGCGUGAUUAUCUUAAUUUGGGUCACAUGCGAGAACUAUCGCCAGAAGACAUUGACAAGAAGCCAUGCUUUUACUUGCCACAUCAUCCCGUAAUUACACAAAAAUUAAGGGUGGUUUUUGACGGAUCGUUUAAGGAUACUAGCGGAAAGGCCUUGAACGACGCCCUGCACAUUGGACCCAAUAUAGUCAAAACGUAUCGACAAAUCUGGGUGGCUGUCAAUCAUUGCAGUUACCAGCGCAUUGUAUGGCGAGAAGAUGAAAGCACGCCUAUCAAGCACUAUGAGCUCUCCACAGUAACAUACGGCACGUCUAGCGCACCAUUCUUGGCAGUGAGGGUCCUGGAUCAGCUUGCUCACGACCAUCAACACGAGUUUCCCACUGCAGCUAAAAUCUUAAAGGAGGAGUUUUACAUGGACGACGUACUCACGGGAGCAUACACAGAGGAAGAGCUUAUUUGCAAGCGAGAUGAAUUGAUUCAGCUAAUGGAACGUGCAGGCAUGGAGCUUGGCAAAUGGGUCUCCAAUUCAUCACGCAUUUUUGUCGGAACUCUUACUUCAACCAAUACUCCAGGCAAGGGACUCCAUUCUACAGCAAAAGUUCUUGGCAUUCACUGGGAUCCAGAAAAAGAUAAUUUAUCGUACAACGUUUGCCUUUCAUCGAAUCCGGACAGCAACAAACGACAAGUGCUGUCGGACGUGGCACGCAUCUUAUAUCCACUGGGUAUUCUGUCGCCUGUGGUGGUGCAAUUUAAAAUUAUGUUUCAGGAAUUGUGGUUACUCGAUCUCGACUGGGAUACGGAACUUCCUCCGAAAAUUGCGGAUUGGUGGAAGAAAUGCCGUAACGACCUAAAUGUACUCCAGGAACUUCGUCUUCCACGAUUUGUUGACAACAAGGAGGAUCGCAUCGAACUGCAUGGAUUUUCAGAUGCUUCCAUUAAGGCAUACGCCGCAGUCGUCUACAGCAGAUUGGUACAGGCAAAUGGCACCGUAUCUGUUUCACUCAUCGCAGGAAAAACCAGAGUUGCUCCGCUGAAGCAGCAGUCACUACCGCGCCUCGAACUGUGUGGCGCUCUGUUGUUGAGCCGACUGAUCGUAUCUAUCAAGGCUGCUCUACAGCAUAAGAACAUUGACAUACAUGCAUGCCGAGGCAUGCUCGCUGCAGAACUGCUCAAUUUCGACCUGUGGUGGAUGGGACCUUCAUGGCUGCAAGAUCCAGAAAAACUCGCGGUAAAGCUGAGCUCUACAAAAUUCUGUUCUUCCCUUUCGGAAAACUAUGGCAACGAAGAAGUGAAGACCACCGCAUUGACAACUCAGGAAGACGACUCAUUUUCACCGCUCGAAGCACUGGUGCCACGCGUCUCGUCCUGGACAAAACUGGUUCGCAUUGUAGCCUACGUCUUGCGCUUCAUCCAAGGGACCAGGGCCCCUAAAUCAGGCAUGUUGGCAAGUAGCAAAAUGCUGAAAUUCGAGGAGAUCCAGGCGGCUCGCAUUCUUUGCCUAUAA